AUGGAAGACAAGACUUCGGUGGUAUUCGAGAACGCCAAAGAAGGGAGUCUCCGUGGUCCAGCGUUUUUCGCUGUGUUUGAUGGUCAUGGUGGUAGCCAUGCUGCUACUUUUGCUAGAGAUUACUUAUGGAAAGCUAUUAAAAAGCAGCGAGGAUUUCACUCUGCUUCACCUCCAUCUGUUGUCGAUGCAAUUAGGAAAGGCUUUGCAGAAACUCAAAAUGCAAUGUGGAAGCAAAGAGAAUCUUGGCCACCGUAUAAAAAUACUGAUUUACCGAGUACAGCUGGUACAACAGUAACAUCGAUAAUACUACGCGAUGGCAGAAUAUAUGUAGCUCAUCUUGGCGAUUCUGCAGCUAUAAUGGCGAAAAAAUCUCCUGAUUUACCCCAAUUUCAAAUAGUCCGCUUAACUCAAGAGCAUAAGCCUGAGUUUGAGAAAGAAAGAAAACGUAUUGAGGCACUAGGUGGUAUUGUUGCCCAUAGGAUCAAUUAUUUCGGUGGCCGUGAAUGCAGAGUUGCGUGGAAGCGUAUACCUAAAAAGCAUCGUGGUCGCGUUAGAAGAAGUACCAAAAUCGAGGUAGUGCCUUUUCUCAAUAUUUCGCGUUCCCUUGGUGAUUUAUGGAGUUUUGAACCAUUCCAUAAACAAUUUGCGGUAUCUCCUAUUCCUGAUGUCUCGUACCAUACUUUAGACCCCAAUCAUGAUCUUUUCAUCGUUUUGGGUACUGAUGGCUUAUGGAAUGUUUUAUCGCCAGAAAAAGUUAUUAACCAUAUUGCUUCGUGCUGUUAUAGUAAUCGAUCUACAGAUAUAGUAGGAAGCAUGACCGAAACUUUAAUCAAUCGAGUAUUGGCUGCAUGUGAAAAAAAAGGCCUACGUGCUGACAAUGUCAGCGUAAUAAUAAUAUAUUUACAAGCCAUAAAGAGUUGCGAUAAUGCUAAACAAAGUAUUAGAUACAUCUCCAACAUUGAUGCAAAUCAAACUACACUUGGAACGAUUAGUUUACCAAGUGGAGGCAGAUGUAUGAUGAGGUAG